GGUUUUGCCUCUCCGCUUUCCCCUGAAUUAGACCGAGAAAAAGAGGCACGAGCGCUGCUGGGAUUUUGUGUCCCCUCUCCGGCUACCGAACUGUUCCCGCAUUUGGUUUUAAUAAACACGCUCUACAUUUUCCUCUGUGGAGGAAAGUUGGGGAGGGAAUGAGCAGCGGGGGAAAUUGACCGUGACUUUUUCGGAGGAGAAAGUGGCCCCCCGGUGCCAACAGGGCAGAGAGUUGCUGUCUGUCUGCGGCGUAGCGGACCAUCACUGGGAGAACAGCUAGCUUACUUCUUCUGUAUGUUGCCUCGGAAAUAAAACCACAGCGCCAAGAUGGACCUGAAGCUGCUCUUGGUAUCCAUAUUAUUUGGAGUCUUUUGUUUCAGUAAUGCUCAGAAAGAAGGGAACGAGUGCAUCAAUGCCAACGCCAAAUACUGCGGGGAGUGCAUCCAGGCUGGAGCCAAAUGUGGCUGGUGUAAAGACCCGGAGUUCCUGAAACAGGGUGAGACCGUGUCGACGCGCUGUGACGAGCUGCAGUCUCUGAUAAAAAGGGGCUGUGAUGAUGACAUGAUCGAGAACCCUCGCGGGGAUCAGAAGAUCCUGAAGAACAAAGCGGUGACAAACCGCGGCAGGGGAGAAGGGAAACAAAAGUCAGAAGCCAGACUGAAACUGAAGCCAGAGGAGAUCACUCAAAUCCAGCCUCAGAAACUCAGCCUGAUCCUCCGAUCUGGUGAGCCCCAGUCCUUUGACUUGAAGUUCAAACGAGCGGAGGAUUAUCCCAUCGACCUGUACUACUUGAUGGACCUGUCCUACUCCAUGAAGGACGAUCUGGAGAACGUCAAGAACCUGGGAACCAGUCUAAUGCUGGAGAUGUCCAAGAUCACCUCGGACUUCAGGAUAGGUUUCGGUUCCUUUGUGGAGAAGACAGUCAUGCCGUACAUCAGCACCACCCCGGCCAAGCUGCUGAACCCAUGCACAGGAGACCAGAACUGCACCAGCCCGUUCAGCUACAAGAACGUUUUGAAGCUCACCAGCGACGGCAAGAAGUUCAACACCCUGGUGGGCAAGCAGCACAUCUCUGGAAACCUGGACUCUCCCGAGGGGGGGUUCGAUGCCAUCAUGCAGGUUGCUGUGUGUGGGGACCACAUUGGGUGGAGGAAUGUGACUCGUCUGCUGGUGUUCUCCACCGACGCUGGCUUCCACUUUGCUGGCGAUGGAAAACUGGGUGGCAUCGUUCUGCCCAACGAUGGAAAAUGUCACUUGGAGAAUAAUAUUUAUACCAUGAGCCACUACUAUGACUAUCCCUCCAUUGCUCACCUGGUUCAGAAGCUGAGCGACAACAACAUUCAGACCAUCUUCGCAGUCACAGAAGAGUUCCAGCCUGUUUACAAAGAGCUGAAAAAUCUGAUUCCAAAAUCUGCAGUAGGGACUUUAUCUGCCAACUCCAGCAAUGUCAUCAACCUUAUUAUAGACGCCUACAAUUCGCUCUCCUCAGAGGUCAUUUUGGAGAACAGCAAGCUUCCAGAGGGAGUGACCAUAGCUUACACAUCGCACUGUAAGAACGGAGUGGUUAGUGAAGGGGAAAGUGGACGGAAGUGCUCCAACAUCUCCAUCGGAGAUCAGGUCAUGUUUAGCAUCACUGUGACAUCUAAGGGCUGUCCUAAGCAAGGCAAGCCUGAAACCAUCAAGAUCAAGCCCCUGGGAUUCACAGAGGAGGUGGAGAUUACCCUCAACUUCAUCUGUGAGUGUGAAUGCAACCAGGACGGCAUCGAGAACAGUGAACUCUGCCACUUCGGUAACGGCACCUACGAGUGUGGAGCCUGCAAGUGUAAUGAAGGACGAGUGGGCAGACAGUGUGAGUGCAGCAGCAACGAUGUGGCCACAGAGGACAUGGACCGGACCUGCAGGAAAGACAACGGCACCGACAUCUGCAGCAACAAUGGAGACUGUGUGUGCGGCACGUGUGAGUGCAAGAAGAGAGAUAACCCCGAGGAGAGGUACAGCGGCCAGUACUGCGAGUGUGACAACUUCAACUGUGACCGCUCUGGAAACAAACUGUGUGGAGGGCAUGGACGCUGUGAGUGCAGAGUGUGUGUCUGUGACCCCAUGUGGACCGGAAGUGCCUGUGAUUGUUCUCUGGACAACAGCACAUGUAUGGCCAGCAACCAGCAACUCUGUAACGGCAGAGGAACGUGUGAAUGUGGCACCUGCAAGUGUACUGAUCCCAAAUUCCAGGGUCCCACCUGUGAGACUUGUCCUACCUGUCCAGGGGUCUGCACUGAACACAAGGAGUGCGUCCAGUGCCGGGCGUUUGGCACGGGUGAGAAGAAGGAAACAUGUGAGAGAGACUGCAGCGACUUCAACCUGAUCAAGGUGAAGGACCGGGAAAAGCUGCCCCAGCCCAACGACGCCACCUACCCCGUGAUGCACUGCAAGGAGAGAGACGCCAACGACUGCUGGUUCUACUACACCUUCGCCGUCAACAACAACACUCAGAAGGAGGUGCAUGUGGUGGACAUACUGGACUGCCCCGCCGGGCCUGACAUUAUCCCCAUCGUGGCGGGCGUGGUCGCCGGCAUCGUCCUGAUUGGCUUGGCCCUGCUGCUCAUCUGGAAGCUGCUCAUGAUCAUCCACGACAGGAGAGAGUUCGCCAAGUUCGAGAAGGAGAAGAUGAACGCCAAAUGGGAUACGCAAGACAACCCAAUAUACAAGAGUCCUAUCAAUCAGUUCCAGAAUCCAAGCUAUGGACGUAAAGCUGCUGUCCUUUAAGGUGAAAAUCCCAUCUACAAAAGUGCUGUCACGACUGUGGUCAAUCCAAAAUAUGAAGGAAAAUAACUGGUCACGGUUUUCCAUGAACUCUGCUAUCAAGUAUCCGACAACUGCAGUAUUUACCACAGGUCUGCGGAGGAACCUGUGGUCGAGUUUCUGUCAUUUCCUUUUGUUGCUUCCCCAUUAUAAUGUACCCAGCAGCCACUGCAUCUGUAUUUUUACUAACACCUAUGAUUUAUAUGCAUUUGUGAUAUGUUAGAUGUACAGUAUCAAGUAUGUGUAUAUACUUUUAAGUUGCAUAUUUGCAAAAAACAAUGACAUGAAGGUGUUCUCUUCCUGCCACAGGACUGGUAUGGCAGAGGAUUACACCUUUUUUUUUUAACAGCACAAUAUGGACACUAUGGAUAUUCAAUUAUUCUGCAGCUUCUGUCUCGUUCUCAGACACUUCUCUGUCUCUUCGUCUCUCUGUGCACUGACUUCCUGUGUGUCUCUGUGUGUCAGAUAGGACAUGACUUCUAUAUGUAAAUUGUCAGCCAUAGCAGCACAUAAGGUCAAUGUGUGUGUGUGUGUGUGUGUGUGUAUAUAGAUAACAACUGAAAUGUUAAAGGUCAUGUCAUGCUUUUCCGGUUAUUACCCAUCCCCUUGUGUGUUAUGAAGGUUUUUCUGCAUGUAAACAGUCUGCAGUCACAAACCCUCAAAGUACACCCUGUAGCGAGUACAACUCUAACACAGAAAAGACCUGUCUAUGCUGCCCCAGAACGCCUCGUUGGACAUUUUCUUUUUUCUUCCGGGUACCAAGUGACGUAACGACGACCAAAUGGACCCAUCCGUGGAGCUCCAACAAGCCGUGUAGGACAGAGAGUGAAUACACAUACUAUACAGAGAUGCUGUAUGAGAAAACCAAUGUGAUUUUGGAACAUUGAACAAUGUCAAUCUAUUCUAGUAGACCUCAACAAUGGAAUUAUGAUCAGUAGAAAUGGCCAUAACAUGGGACCUUUAAGUAUUGAAUAAUAUUUCACAUUCAACUUUGAUUUGACCAUUUGUUGAAACAGUAGUGGUGUGGUUGUAAAUGUAGUUUUGAACUGCAGCUUUACAUUUGAAUGCACUCUUUGUGAGUAUUGUUCUGAAGGAGUAAAUAAAUACACAAUAUGAAGAAUUGUUGUUAUCACAAAGGGACUGUAUACCACUUGUUGAAAUUAUGAUAUUGUGGCAAUGUUGAACAAUCCACAGAUUUGUAUAGUUAUGAUACAAGUUUAACGUUGAACAUUGUUGUACUUGCAGUAACUUUAUUACUCUUUCUCAGGUCCUUUCCUGUGUUCUUGUCAAGUACGCCAAAAAUAGUUUUGUGUUGGCUUAUUUUCGUAAACUAGUGAACUCAUGUGUGAGUCAUUCUGUCAAUUUUGAGAUCAUAUGACGGAAACAAGAGUGUUUCUGUUCCGUAUUCACAUGAAUCACCUCUGAAAUGCUUUCACCUCCCAAUGCCUCUGAAGUACCACAUGCAAGCCUUUAAAGUAUUGUUUUCAAAGUGCCUUUUAUUUCAAUAUCUUGUUCUCUCCCAAUGCUGUUUGAGUUAUUUAUUAAAAGUACAACAAAUGUC